GCUCAUACCUCUACCUAACCAUGUAUCCGUCGAUGCUUGCUGUUGUUGUGUAAUAGCCCCCAAAGUCCUUCAUUCCAUUCAACAAACUUCCCCGGCUUAGGCCUGUAAUAAUUAUAUUUUCUUCUAGCACUAACACACUCUUUUUUGACGCCAAACUUGACUUCUCUUUCAAUAUUUCUUCGUCCCAAGAUUCUCUCCUAUUUAUCCGCAUUCACUCAUGUUCGAACAAGGCACAGUCCACGAUCACGAUGCUUGACGUCGGAUUCAAUUUGCGCGAUCAAAAGCUGACAUAGACACCAAUCCCCCAUUUUAAUAUUCCCUUUUCGUUUGGGACUACGGACUACCUGUUUCAAUCGCUUGGGUUAUAUUAGGUACCUAAUACCAAUAACCAAAUAUGACAUCCCCUAAUCGCGACCCGUCCGUUGUGUCGGAUACGGAGCCAGUCGAACCAGAAGUCUCGAAUCAGUAUUCUCUCUCCCGCGCUGUACGUGCUAGAAAAUCCGAAUAUACCAGAUCUCAUCGCAUACGGAUAAAGAUUGGGUCCUGGAAUGUUGCUGGCUGCCCGGGUACCGACAAAGACCUGGCGAGUUGGUUCGUUGAUGGUAAAGGGGUUGAACAACAGCUAGACUCGAAGCUAGCUCGGAUGAAAUUUUCUGAGGAUAGUGCCGAACUGGAAACGGAUGAAUUCGAAGAUGCUAGAUCCCAGACUAGCGCAAAACCCAGCGUCAAUUCAGGGGUUCAAGAGACCUUGAACUUAGACGACGAGAAGACCCAAGAUGGAAACGAAGAGCCAGAUGUUCGAAUACUAGGUGGGGAUAAGAUAGGACUUUAUGUCCUUGGACUUCAAGAAAUCGUGAAUUUGAACAUUGUUGCCCAAACCUUCUACUCUGACCCGGCUGCCAUCGCGAAAUGGAAAGAUGCGCUCGAAGCUGCCCUACCGAAGGACUACACUCUUGUCGCUUGCGAGCAACUUGUAGGCCUUCUGCUUCUUAUAUAUGCGUCGCCUGAGGUAGCUGAGACCAUAACAAACGAGUCUACUAUUAGUGUUGGGACUGGUAUAUAUGGCCUCCUGGGCUACUGGGGUAACAAAGGGGCAAUUACGUCUCGUAUUCUCUUAGGCGAAACGACACGGCUCGCUUUCACCAAUUGCCAUCUCGCUUCUGGCCACGAUCAAACCAGUCUUGAUCGACGAUGUUGGGAUUACAAUAGGAUCAUGACCCAAACCAAAUUUACUCCUAUCAACUCUGGUGGCGUACUUGAAGACGAUGGUGAAAAGCUAGGAGAUGAGGACUUUUCUUUCUGGUUUGGAGAUCUUAACUUCCGCCUCGAUGGUUUACCCGGUGAAGAUAUCCGGCGCUUGCUAAUGCUACACACUCGCGGUGAGUAUGAUUUAAGCAAGAAACCUACCGGGGAGACGUUCAGCGAUGACGGUGUUAUCAUACUACGAAACAGUGAUGAUGACGAUGGCACAAAUACCCCUGGCAUGAUUUCGCGCGAAGCAUCAUUCGAUAAUGAUUCUAGCGAUGAAAGCACUGAGUUUCCGGAGCCAGACGACUUCGUUCUGGACCCGCACGACGAUCCGGCAUCCUUACAAGCUACUCUAGAUUCCUUACUUCCCCAUGAUCAGCUCAAACGUAUGAUCAAAGAGCGUAAAGCAUUUCACGAAGGUUGGCGCGAGGGGCCUAUCACAUUUCUGCCAACAUAUAAGUAUGAUGUUGGUACUGUAGGACUCUUCGACUCUUCGGAAAAGCAGCGGGCCCCAAGUUGGUGCGACCGCAUAUUGUAUCGCACGCGUACGGAUAUAAGCCAAUAUGAAAAGAAGUGCCAAGACGAAAUCGACGCCAAGAAACGGGAUGAAGAUAUGCAAAGAAGAGGCAUUGAUCAGGCUGCGGAGGAUGAGGACGUUUUAUUUGAUUACGAUCCUGCUACCGAUUCAAGUACCGAUAAUCCUGGAUAUGGUGACGGUAAUUCUUACGAAUAUGACGAGUAUGAUGAGGGCGAUGAAGAUACAGAACAUGUUGUAACGAAGGAAGGUUUCGUCGAUAAAAUCACUUUGGAUAUAUAUACCAGCCAUCAGCGGAUCAUGUCAUCAGAUCACAAACCAAUAGUUUCUAUGUUUACGCUAGAAUAUGACGCCGUAGUCCCCGAGCUAAAGGCGAAAGUACAUGCCGAGGUGGCAAGAGAACUCGAUCGAGUGGAGAACGAAGGACGGCCAGGAAUUACUGUCAUUGUCGAGGGAAAACAUUCGAUCAACAAGGAGAAUAAGUACGCCGUCGAUGGAAGCGAAGGGAUAGAUUUCGGAGAAAUCGGGUUCCUACGGAAAGUCUCUAGGUCCUUAACCAUCGCUAAUACAGGACGCGUUUCGGCGAAUUUCUCGUUUGUAGAAAAGCCAGACACUGUCGAUGCAAGCAAAUACCCGAAUUGGUUGGACUUUAAAUUUGUCCGCUCCGAAAUUAUCAAUAACGGACAGACAGAAGAUACUCUUGGUGAUAAUAUCACUUUAGAGCCAGGAGAAACAGUAAGCGCCGUCAUCCAGGCUUAUAUUCAUGAUCUUGCGCAUUUACGGGCGUUAAAUGAAGAAACGGCGCAACUAGAAGACGUUUUAAUAUUGCGCGUAGUCGACGGGAAAGAUCACUUUAUCCCGAUCAGGGCUACUUGGAUACCUAGUUGCUUUGGGCGUUCGCUCGAGGAACUUAUUCGAGUUCCGCGCGGCGGUGGCAUCAGAGCACUAGCAAAGGAACGAGGGAAAGGAGGGUCGAUACCUUGUACCCUAGAAGUGCAUAAGUCAUCGCCCGGUGAACUUUUCAAGCUAACCGAGGCUGUGCAAAAUCUAGUAGAGAGGGUAAUAGCCGACGAGAAUAUGUUAGAGCAAGCGGAAGUGCCACGCGAUAAAGCCGCUUGGCCUUUCAACGGGGAUUGGUGGCAAACGUCUAAUGCUGAAGCUCACGAUGAAUUGCGAGUAGCCAUAGUUGAAGCGUUAGAGGAGGAUAGACCUGUGCUAGAGGUUAUCGGGCCUGAUGUGCCGACAUCAAAGCGGCUUGAAAUCGUGAGCGAGGUGCUCCUACUAUUCCUUCAUAGCAUGCCGGAUGGUAUCAUCACCGCGUCCCUAUGGGCUAAGAUCGAACAGGCUCUGCCUAACAUAGGAGCCGGAAAGACCCCUGCAGAUAUCGAAGCGGCUAAGACCGGCAUACUUGACAUACUUUCGACGGCGCCAUAUUAUAACAUUUCCUUCGUGUUCCUCAUGUCUAUGUUAACACGGGUGGCAAACGACAUAGUUCCCCUCAGUAAAGAAGAGUUCGAGGCCUUGAACGCUCUCAGGCCUACGAUAGGGAAACGCAGCCUGAGUUUCCGUCGAAUUACGGGAGGAGCGAAGAUCGACGUGGUCGCGAUACAGCGGAGGUCAGCGUGGGAGAAGAAAGCUGCCGAGAUUUUCGGCGUAGCGAUCUGUAGAGCGCCGAUACCAGGGAAUGCAAAAGAAAAGAAGGCCUUAGAGGACAAAAUGAGGGGUUCUGUUGAGGUUUUCCUACGGCCAGACAGCGUAUAGGGGGAAGAAGCCCUUACUCCUAAAAGACGCAUCACUGGUGAAGAGUAAACAAUAACAGGAGUGUGGUAUAUAGAGAGAGCAAAUGCCUAGACGAUUUACUCGCCCAUCGGGAAUUCGUGUUUAAUACGUGCAGAUACCUGGAAUGAUCUUGAUAUUUCACUAGGUAACAUAACAGAUUUUUGAAUUUUAUUACUGCCGCAACAGCAAAUCC